AGUAAAGACAUAGUAAUUUAAUUUCAAAUUGACUGUUCACAUUAGAACUAACUCAAAAGUUUUGUCAUAUAAUGUAAAUUCAGAAAAUCCCAUAAUCUUCUAAACUUUUAUAUGUUGACCUUAAUCAUCAUUUCUUUAGUUAAGAAUUUACUUCAGAGCAGUGGGUUUCUCAAAGAUGGUUACAGUGGGCUCAUACUUAUCAAAAAACUGUAGAUCAAUUCAUAAGUUGGCUACAAUGAAUAAUCCUGUAGUAACAGUAAAGCAGGGAAAGGUGAGGGGCUCUACUCUCAGCCUGGUAGAUGGAUCAUCAUGUUAUAGUUUUAAAGGAGUGCCUUAUGCACAGCCUCCUAUAGGACUUCUCAGAUUUAAGGCACCGGAGUCUCCCCAGAAGUGGCAAGGUAUAUAUGAGGCAACAAAACACGGUCCUUCAUGCCCUCAGAUACCAUCACCUAUGUCUAGCAUCGGAGAAGAAGACGAGAAUUGUUUGUUUCUCAAUAUCUAUACAAAGACACUUGAACCAACUUCAAAACUUCCUGUUAUGGUGUACAUUCACGGCGGAGCGUACAUGUCGGGCUGCGGAGACUCUGAAAUGUACGGACCAGAUUUUCUUUUGCAGCAUGAUGUUAUAUUAGUAACAAUAAAUUACAGAUUAGAAGUUUUUGGUUUCUUAUGUCUGAAUACACGAGAAGUGCCAGGGAAUGCUGGAUUAAAAGACCAAGUUGCUGCAUUAGAAUGGGUGAAUAAAAAUAUAAAUCAAUUUGGGGGUGAUCCUGACAACGUGACUAUAAUCGGCGAGAGUGCCGGCGCUUCGGCGGUUACAUACCACAUGCUGUCCCCGAUGUCCAAAGGCUUGUUCCACAAAGUCAUAGCUCAAAGCGGGACGUGUAUAGAUGACUGGAGCAUACAGCGGGAUAGUGUAGCGAGAGCAAUUAGAUGUAGUAAGCUGCUAGGGAAAGAAACGGAAGAUGUAAAUGAAAUAUUAAAUUAUUUUAGAAGUUUACCUAGCAAAGAUAUUGUUGGCCUUACGCUAAAAUCAAGAAUUGAAGAUGAGAAAUAUAGGGGACUGUCAAUAUUUUUUGCACCAGUAGUUGAACAGAAAUUUGAGGGACUACAAUCUUUUCUGACUGAGGAACCACUUGAUAUACUUCUGUCAGGAAAAUACAACAAGGUGCCUCUACUCAUUGGCUAUAAUUCAGCAGAAGGUCUAUUCAUGUUGAUGUUGCAACUCAAGAAAGCUGCACUUUAUAACAAACAUGUGAAAUAUUUAGUGCCGCGGGAAAUAGCUUUAAAGCUCAAUGAAGAUAAAAUGAUUGAGUUUGGAGAAAAAAUAAAGAAAUUUUAUGUUGGAGAGAAAGGUUUCGGUGAAGAAACUGCUCGAGAGAUUAUAGAUUUUCAGACUGAUAUGCAUUUUAUUUAUAAUACACAUCGAUUUGUAAAUUUUUAUCGUGCUUCCAAUCAGCCAAUAUUUACAUAUCGGUUUAACUAUGAAACAGAUCUGAAUGCUAUCAAAAAUCUUAUCGAUACGCCUUGCAAAGGAGCAAGUCAUGCUGAUGAUUUAUUUUAUCUGUUUUGUAACAAUGUUAAUAAGAAAGCUUAUCAAGAACGAGACAAUCUUAAACAAAUCGUAUUUAAAUUCACAAAAAUGUGGACCAACUUCGCUAAAGUUAGCAACCCAACCCCAGACCAGAGUUUAGGCGUGACGUGGCACCCCACAAGCACAGGCAAGGAGUAUAUGAGGCUAGAGGAGCCGUUGUCGUUCGGCGCGUGCCCCGAACUCGGCCGAGUGACCUUCUGGAACCAGCUGUACUGCGACGGCGGCGCUACGCACAUGCCCAGGUCUAGCUUAUGAAAUGAUACCUUGUGGUCAUACUCACUCACACAGUGUUAAAUUACAAACUAAUUUAGAAAAAAUAAUGCAAAAAAACAACCAAACCAUUCCUUUUUGCAAGAUUUUCUUUAACUUGCAAUGUAACUAUGUCUCGGGUGGAAUCUUGCAAAUCCAUUUUGAAGCAGAUAUCUUCAACCGAUUUA